CAAAAAUUAUUGUACAAUCCACUUAUUUGUAUGCAUUGUCAACCAGGACAAUGUAUGUAAACCGACAGAUUAUAAUCUAUGUAGUACAGAACUGUAAAAAGCACCUGGUGAAAAUGUAACAAAAAGAAAAAAGUGAUAGUGCAGAUCAUAGUUACUAGUUUAGUCCCUGCUUUGGGAGCUAAUAUUUUUACUUUUUAAUCUUUGAAAUACUUAUCACUAUUUUCAUUUUCUGUAUAAAUAUGCUGUACAUUUUUCCAGGUUUUGAUUUGGGAAAUGUUAUUUACUGUCUCAAAUAUAGCUAUUAAAAAUAUUCAUAAACCAUGUAUGUCCUGUUCUGUCACCAUUUAGCUCCUGGCACUGUUUUUACUUGACAGCCUUUGGAAAUUAUCAGGACAAAAUGGUUUGGCUCCUCACUAUAAUAUUAGGACUGCCUCUUCUACAGCAACCUGUCUCAACACAACCCAUAAGCCACAACAACCUGAGCAUCCAGGCAAUUGGUGACUUUCCAAAAAAUCUACCCGCAUCACAUAACACAAACUGGAUUGAGGAAAGUGUUGACAACAGAUUUACCAAAGACUUGCUUUUACCCCUUCUGCCUAACUCGAGCAUAAAUGAGGGAUCUGGGGAAGGAAGUGGAAUUCAGCAGAGCCUUGAGGUUAUGCUGCCCUCUACUGGUCUACUGGAGAUGGACAUGUUAAUUCCAGACAGAGCAGAGAAACAAGAUUUUGACAUGCAAGAGUUAGGUGCUCACCCUGCCCCUCCAACUCCACUUAAACUAACCCAGCAUAUUGAUGAAGAUGAUCAAGAUAUAAUUUUAGAAAAUAAUAACAGUGCCUCCGGUCAAGCUACUUCCACAAUGGCUGUUCAGUUGACUACACACAUCCACACAAAUAACAAUGAGAGAUUGAACAAAGACCAACCUUUGUUGACAACCAUCAAACCAAUUACAGAGACGAACAGUACAGGAAAGUCUCCAGUCAAUAUGCAUUUAGUGACAUUUAGUAUAGAUAUAGAGGUGAACAACAAAGAAGACAUGGAGGCUUCUCAAGAUACAGAGUAUGUUGCAUCCACACAGAGUUUAAGCUCAACCACAAAGCCUGAAAUGUUGGGAAACAAUGGCACCCUUGUGACACAGUCUGGCUCCAUCCAAGGGUUCCUUGAUCUCACAGUUGGAGAGGAACGUUAUGGCACCAACCAUUCGCCUGCAGCCACACCUCGAUUACAGACUGGUAAGGAGGGACGUGAAGAGACUACAUCUGAUUUACCCGUGGGGUCAUCAUCCACAACAAAUAGAGCCACAGAUUACUCAAAAAACAAAGAUGACAAAAAGCCAAAAUGGUUUGGAAGUUUAUUUGGACUAUUAAAUGAGCACAACCUGUCUGAUGUCAUAGGCACAUGCAUACUAGGCCCAUGUGUGGUCUCCACUGGUGGCAAUGUGACCCGGCUACAAUUUGGGUGGGGCUGGUGGCUCGGGCAGCUCUCUGCACGACUGCUUGAGCUGGCCUGGAGUUUCUCUCUUUUACUACUGGGAUCUCAGGUGUUCUGGAAACCACAAGGAAGUAAGCAGACAGCUAAGAGAGCAGGGAAGAGGAAACCGGUGUCACGCUGGAACAGGCUGUUGGACAGGUUACCAACAGGGCCUUGGAGGAGACCAGAUAGGAAUUGGGCUGAACUGUUGCCGAAUAACUGGAAAGAUCACAAGCAGUCUCAUGCAAAUGUCAAUCAUUCGGUCAUCCGAAACCAAGCAACUCCAGCGACCUCAAUAAUGACUGUGCACGACAACGCUGGAGGUCUUAGCGAAGGCGUCCUAUACAGCAGCAGUUAUGACCAUUACGCCUCUCCUCUGUGGACUAGUGGUGUGGAAUGGCAAGAACACGAGUGCUUUCUCUCACUUAUUGAGUUUGACCUUUGCCCCCCUUCACCUGUCAACCUCCAUCACAGCAUUGACAAGGCCCUCCAUCAUGCUCAUAUGCUUGGUGUUGGUACCCUUUUCACCCCUUCAGCACCCUCCUGGACCCAAAAUGAAGGAUCAGGUGGACUGCUCUGUGAUAAUGUUGUAUCACCCUCCUCCCCAACUAACAAAGCCUAUAGGUGGGCUUUGGACAAUGGCUUGAGUCCUAACUCCCCUCAGCAUCUUGGCAAUGCAGUACAGCAGACUCAAGUGUCUGUGAUUGAGCCCCUGGAUUCCUUAACUCCAGAGACUGUUAGAAAAGUGUGGGAGAGAGAUAUGGCCAUCCCAAGAGUCACUGUGGAUGAUGACCGCACCAGCAUAGCGAGUGAAGAUGACGUCACAAGUUUUUGA